AUGGACCUUCUCUUACUAGAGAAGUCUCUCAUCACCGUCUUCGUGGCGGUGCUUCUUGCCUCCGUGAUCUCCAAGCUCCGCGGCAAGAAACUGAAGCUACCUCCUGGUCCAACACCUAUUCCAAUCUUCGGAAACUGGCUCCAGGUCGGAGAUGAUCUCAACCACCGCAAACUCGUGGACUACGCUAAGAAGUUCGGAGACCUCUUCCUUUUCAAGAUGGGUCAGCGAAACAUAGUGGUCGUCUCUUCUCCUGACCUAACCAAAGAAGUACUCCACACACAAGGCGUAGAGUUUGGUUCCCGACACAGAAACAUGGUGUACGAUAUCUUCACUGGGAAGGGACAAGACAUGGUGUUCACUGUCUACGGAGAGCACUGGCGUAAGAUGAGACGGAUCAUGACGGUUCCGUUCUUCACAAACAAGGUGGUUCAGCAGAACAGGGAAGGAUGGGAGUUCGAAGCUGCGAGCGUUGUGGAGGAUGUGAAGAAGAAUCCUGACGCAGCCACGAAAGGGAUUGUGGUUAUAAAGCGUUUGCAGUUGAUGAUGUACAACAACAUGUUUCGUAUCAUGUUCGGUAAGAGGUUUGAGAGUGAAGAUGAUCCUCUUUUCUUGAGGCUCAAGUUCUUGAACGGUGAGAGAAGUAGGUUGACUCAGAGUUUUGAGUAUAACUAUGGAGAUUUUAUACCUAUCCUCAGGCCGUUCCUUAGAGGGUAUUUAAAGAUCUGCCAAGAUGUGAAGGAUAGAAGACUAGCGCUUUUUAAAAAGUACUUUGUUGACGAGAGGAAGCAAGUUGCGAGCACUAAGCCUACAGGAAGUGGAGGAUUGAAAUGCGCUAUUGAUCACAUCUUGGAAGCUCAACAGAAGGGAGAAAUCAAUGGGGAUAACAUUCUUUACAUCGUUGAGAAUAUCAAUAUCGCUGCGAUUGAGACAACACUAACGUCUAUGGAGUGGGGAAUCGCAGAGCUAGUGAACCAUCCUGAAAUACAGAGCAAGCUGAGGAACGAAAUCGUCACGGUUCUUGGACCAGGCGUGCAAGUCACAGAGCCUGAGCUUCACAAGCUUCCGUACCUCCAAGCUGUGAUCAAGGAAACAAUCCGUAGAAGAAUGGGUGUGCCUCUACUCGUGCCUCACAUGAACCUCAAGAACGCUAAACUCACUGGCUACGACAUUCCAGCAGAAAGCAGAAUCUUGAUCAAUGCCUGGUGGCUAGCGAACAAUCCUAACAGCUGGAAGAAGCCUGAAGAGUUUAGACCCGAGAGGUUCCUUGAAGAAGAGGCCCACGUGGAAGCAAAUGGUAAUGACUUUAGGUAUGUGCCGUUUGGUGUUGGACGUAGAAGUUGUCCAGGGAUUAUACUGGCGUUGCCCAUUUUAGGAAUCACUAUUGGUAGGUUGGUUCAGAACUUUGAGUUACUUCCUCCUCCGGGACAGUCUAAAGUGGAUACCUCAGAGAAAGGUGGACAGUUCAGCUUGCAGAUACUUAACCACUCCACAGUAGUCAUGAAACCAAGGGACUUCUGA